AUGAAAUUUCUUGAUUUCCCAUUCAAGCAACGUUCAUCUCCCAGAUCAUUCUCUGGACAAUUAGCAGGUAAGGCGCCGUCCGUUGAACAGCCUCUAUUUGCGACUAUUCCCUCAGCCAGCGUAGCCAUUCCAGAAAGUGGAAAUUAUUUUCCACCCAUGUACCCUAUCUGCUAUCCAGAUCAUCAGAUAUUGACGAAACAGGAGGCACGGCAUCUGGCAAAAGACAAAAAAGCAUAUAAAUCACCGGCUGUUCUCGGGAUGGUAUCAAAGUAUCCAUACCUGAUGUGGCCGAAAAGGGCACAUGCUUGUGCUCUACCCCUCUUUCUGCCUGACGGUCGACUAGUUGUUUUGCCCCAAAGCAAUUCAUAUUUAACUUCUGAAAAAAUAAUAAAUCCUUCUGCCACUGGCUCACAAAUCUAUGGAGAAAGAAGCCAGAAUGAGGACUCGAAAGACAGCAAACGUGGGGUGGUUGGUGGCCGCCAUCCAGGUCUGGCCAGAAUGAAUCCUCUUAAAGAGCCACCGACUAGCAAGCAGGUUAAAAAAGCAAUGGAAAACCGAGCUAAUGACCUUGAAGCAAGAAGAGCACAAGAGUAUGUGAAUGUAGAAGGUUUGUCGAAGCGAAGCUUUCAGCAGGAAGAGUUGAAUCUGAUGCGCAGGAACCAAAAUGCUUUCAUGAAGCAGGGUACAUUCUCCUGUGAGACAUUCAAUAAUCAUAUUAAGGUAAAGUGA